AUGGCCAAGUUGCUUCAUCUACCUGCUGGGUCAGCGUCCAUGCAUCCGGUCUCCGCUAGCAUAGCUCCGCCGGACUUGUUCCGCUCAUCCCCAGCGCCUUGCUCCGCCCAACUUCCAUCUCCGUCGGACUCAAGCUCGGACUCCGCUCCGCUGAACGCAAGCUCGGAACCUCCGCUCUGCUUUGCAGCUCCGCCGGACCCAAAUGCAGCCCCCUCCGCUAGCCAUCUUCGCUCCCUCUGCAUUCAUCCGCUCCGGACAUCACUUCCGCCGAACUUAGUCAGCGGCACCGCUGAACUAUACGACUCCGCUGAAUCACCGCUGACCAAAACCUCCACCACUGCCCGGACAACCUCCGCUCCGCCGAACUGGUUCUCCGCCGAACCGGUUCCCCGCCGAACUGGUGCUCCGCCGACUCCACCAGCUUCAACUAGCUUCCUGCUCCGCUGGCCUACUCCCCCGCCAGGUUGCAGCUCCAGGUCCUCCGCCGGAAAGUCGUCCGCCAGGGGACCCCCGCCGGCAUCACAGCUCCGCUCCGCCGAGAUUCUCCGCUGGCCCAAAACCCCGCUUCGCCUAUCCGCCGAGCUUCACAGCUCCGCUCAGCCGAGCUGCUCCGCUGCAAGUUCACCGCCGGAUAGCUCCGCUCCGCUAGCCAAAAGCUUCCGCUGA